UGUUCUUAACGUGUCGGGUGUCGCGUUUCAUGUGUUUCACGUGUUUCACAUGUGAGGCCCUUCAUCGGGGUUCACAUGUCUCACAUGUUGUGUUUUCAUCCGCCGGCUCACACGGUUGAUUUAACUUCUUCUGUUGCACCUUCAGUGAAAAAAGAUUUAAAGGCCGUGCAAAGAUGGAGCUGAUAGUGCUAUCAGGAGGUAUUUUGGUUCUUCCGGUCUUCGUCUUCAUCACCUCCUUCCUCUUCUGGCCUGGAUUCCUCCUCAAGGCGUACAACUGGUUCUGGCGUCGGAGGCUCGGCCUGCAGGUCCGCUACUCGCGCCGCGGAAACUACCGCUUCUGUUACAGCAGCCGCGGGACGCCGCGGGGCGCCACGCCGUCGCUGCUGCUGCUGCACGGCUUCUCCGCCAGCAAGGACAUGUGGCUGCCCGUCGUCAACCACCUCCCGAGAGACCAGCACGUGGUGUGUGUGGACAUGCCGGGACACGAGGGGACGAGUCGCACCGGCGCCGAGGACUACAGCAUUCAGGGUCAGGUGACCCGUGUCCACCAGUUCGUGCAGAGCAUCGGCCUGGACAAACGCCCCUUCCACCUGGUGGGGACGUCGAUGGGCGGGAACGUGGCCGGCGUCUACGCCGCCUGCUUCCCGGCUCAGCUCUCCGGCGUCACACUGGUGUGUCCGGCAGGUCUCGUUUAUCCGACGGAAACCGAGUUCAUCCGUCGUCUGAGGGAGCUGGAGAAAGCUCCGCAGCCGGAGUCCAUCCCUCUGAUCCCCUCCACUCCUCAGGAGCUGGAGGACAUGUUGAAGCUCUGCUGCUACACUCCCCUCAAACUCCACCGACAGGUCAUGCAGGGUCUCCUCGACAACAGGAUCCCUAACAAUGAUUUCUACAAAGAAGUGUUCAUGGAGAUCGUCGGUGAAAAGUCUCGUCACUCGCUGCAGGACAACCUGCACCUGAUCACCUCGCCCGUGCAGGUCGUCUGGGGGACGGAGGAUCAGGUGGUGGACGUCUCGGGGGCGGCGGUGCUGGAGGCCCGGCUGCCAAACUGCCAGGUGACGCUGCUGGAACAGUGCGGCCACUCGGUGGCGUUGGAGCGGCCCAGGAAAACCGCCACGCUGAUCAUGGACUUCCUGUCUGCGCAGGAAGGCGGCUGUGAAAACACUAAGAAACUUUCCUGAAGGAAAACAAAACAAAACGUACAACCUUGAUAUCUGGUGAUGAUGCUGUUUUUUUUAGUUUGAUAGAAAUGUUUUUUUUUUACAUCUGUGAACAUCAGAUGAAUGCCUAAAAGUGUGACGGACAGUCGAUUGUACCUGAAGAAAGGAGGCUGUAGUUUAAUACGUUGAAUGAAAACUUUCCAGGUUGAGAUUUUGCACAUUUCUUUCUCAGAUAAACUGUAUUUAAACGUCCAUGUGUGUGUCAUGUGUAGGACAGUUGUUUGUUUGGGUGUGAAGUCUCCUGCUGUGAAACAACUGCACUUAUACGUUAUGGAAACACAUUGAGAAGGAAAAAUAUACUGCUGGGGAUUAACGGUUGAUAGAUUAGAUUAUUCAGAAUUGUUUACAGUACAAAGAGUAUUUGAAGCCUACCCAAAUAAAUCUCUUACUGAUUGA